GAAAAUAAUUGGAACAUUUUAUGACCAAAGUUGUCGGUGCACUUGACUAACGAUUGGAGUUAUGAUUAAUUGAGAAGAAACACAGAAUCACGAGACACAGAUAUUGGAACCAGGACCCGACGAACCAAGAUUAUCGACGCACCUUGUUCUCGAUGCGAGCGAAAUGACAGGGGAGAAAAGAGAGAGAAAGAGAGAGAGACAGCAUUGUCGUAAAAAAAGCGAACCAGUCGGUGUUUCUUUUUCUUCUUCGACAUGUCGCUAUCGCGAACACGUCGGAUCCCUCGAGCAAGAAGCGACUGCAGGAGUACUCGCGACGCGCUGACAACCCGGGGCAACCCGUUUCCCAGAGAGACGGGAGAGAAAUCAGGCGUGCACGAGGGGCACGCGGUACGCAUAUGCUUUUGACGUUUCGCAUCCGGUAGCGUCGUCGGUGGGUUAACGCCACCGAUUAUAUUAUACACGCGCUUUCGAUAAGUCGGCCGGGUUUGAGAUAUCGGCGACGUCGAGAUAAGCAAGAUCAACGUCAAGUGGUACGGUCGCGAUCGCGCGACGCGAUACGUUCGUUCAAUUUUGUUUUUUUUUUUGUUUGUUUCGUCAUAAAGGAUCCGGAGCCCCGCGAGAGAAAAGGUAGGAACGUCGCGCGGUCUCGCACGCUUGUCGCGUACGCGCCCUCUCUCACCGUCUCUCUCUCUCUCUCUCUCUUUCGAUUCUUUCUCUCUCUCUCUCUCCUUCUCUCGCGCGCGCGCUCGUUCCCUCUCGCUCGCUCGCUCGCCCUCAGUCACUGCCAGCGAGUAGUGGUUAUCCUCUUACCUGCGUGCUUCUCCGUCUUCGGCGUGGAGGCCAUCGUUACCCCGGGGGAAAGAGGAUUAUCGCCCGCUCAGGAUAUCGGACGCUGACGCGACAUGGGCAACUCCGCGGUGAAGAGGCACUACGAGACCGCGGAGAAGACCGCCACCCUCAAGUUGUCGCAGUGCAAGUUGGACAAGUUCUCGCAGAAGCUUCAUAAUUUGGCGCCGACGCUGCGCACGCUGGACCUAUCCGAGAACAAUUUCACGACGCUACCGAACGAGAUCGGUGACUUUACCCUACUGAGGCAACUCAACUUCAGUCACAACCGGCUGACCGCCCUGCCCGGCACCUUGGGCGCCCUCGAGAAGCUCGAGGGCCUAAACUGCUCCGCGAAUCAGAUCAAGUCGAUCCCGUCGUCGCUGGCAAAUCUGAGCCACUUGAAGCAGGUCAACCUGUCCGACAAUCAGAUUUCCGACUUUCCGCUGAUGUUCUGCGGCCUCAGGCACCUGGACGUCCUGGAUCUGUCCAAGAAUCGGCUCACGUUCGUGCCGGACGCCGCCGCGGGCCUCCACGUGGUCGAGCUCAAUCUCAAUCAGAAUCAGAUCGCCACCAUCUCCGAGAAGUUGGCAGACUGCCCGCGACUGAAGACACUGAGAUUGGAAGAAAACUGCUUACAGAUGAGCUCGGUGCCUCUCAGGAUUCUCAAGGACUCCAAGGUCUCGGUACUGGCGCUCGAGGGAAAUCUCUUUGAGAUGAAACAGUUCGCGGACCUGGACGGUUACGACGCCUACAUGGAACGCUACACGGCGGUCAAGAAGAAGAUGUUCUAAAGCGCGGUUUUACGUUGGAAAGAACAAUGUUUGUACUAUAGUAUGGAAUUGUUUGGGGAGUCUUUAUUGAAGUUACCACGUGUCGAAUGAAUAGCGUCAAGGAAAAAAGAAUUAACUGAGCGUAUCUGGUAUUUUGCAUCGUUGAUUAUAUAAGAAUAAACAGGUGUCGAGAUAUUUAAAAGAUUGAGAAUUUUUUUAAAUUUAUAUAUUCAAAAGAUUGAGAAUAUUUUUAAAUUUAUAUAGGGUUUAUAAGAUUCUUACACAAUUUGGAAAUGUUUUCUUUCUGCUAUUUACUCGCGGUUGUAAAUCAAUUUUUUGGGAGAUUAAUCAUUAUAGCAUCUCUAACCGAGAGUCAAAACAAUUUUUACAUCUACGCCGUCUAUAAAUCGUGAUUUAUUCCGAUAAAUAUUAAUGACCAAAGUAUUAAAUCGUCGAUAUUUGAUUACUGAUAUUCAAAAGCAUAAUAUAUUAAAAUUAUUGUCCACUAUUAUUUUAUUAUUUUUGCGUAGUCUGAAUAUCUAUACGCACGAAUAUAACGUAUAUUGUACACGCUUUAAAAUAUUCUAAUAGACAAAAUGUUUAAAAGGACCUUUUUGUUCUCUAUUUAAUAUAUGCAUAAAUACUUAUGUAUAAUGAGUGAUAAUGAUCAUGGAUAAUUAUACGCGCCGUUAUCAAAGAACUAUACUUACUACAUGUUAAAAAUACGUUUUAUCUCAAAUAGAUUUUGUUUUUUCAUACGAUUAAGAUUUGAUUAUCAUUAAUCAUGAUAUAUAAAUUACAUUUCAUGUUGAGAAAAUAGAAAUUAUUUUGACAAGACAAUCUGUACUCGUUUCGAAUGUAUUUAAAUGCUUUUUUCUUCAGAAGCGUUGCGAUUUUUAUAGUGUGCAGUUGAAUUAAAAUUUUGCACUUUAAAUUUUGCGGAUUGUUUCAAAAUAAGUUCGACGCGUGUGGCAUUUAAAGUAUGAUAUUAAAGCGAGGUAAAAAUUAAUAAAAAGAGUAUGCACUUUCGAAUUUUUAUCAUUCCUGCCAAAAAUUGACGAUAAUUCGAUGAAUUUUGAAGUGAAGAAUAAAAAUGGAACUAAAGUUAUAAAUUACAGACUUUCUACUAAUAUUGAAUCGUAUGAUAUGCUGGAUGUUGACUAUUAAUAAUUGUCUAACUUUUUUAUAUGAAUACAGACGUUCGCGUCAUAUUCGCAUGGUUGUGGAUAUAAUAAGAUCGUUGAACCUUCCUUUGGUCAACUGCGUAUUAACCUUCGACCAAGCUGACAGUCGUAAGAAUUCUCGAAGUUACAAAUUGCAAGGGACAAAAGAUAAAAAAUUUUUAAUGAAAAUCUGCGUUACACUUUUGCAUAUUUAUUAUGUCGAAUGUAUUUAUCUCGCUUAAUGUGCAAUUCCGCUCACACAUUUUUUCGUUAAAAUAUAAUUUUAUAACAAUUCUACUAAUAGCACUAUCAUAUCUUAUCUUAAUUUAGUUUUAAUACGAUGUAUGAGCUUAAUCAGAAUCACAUUUGAAAUUUUUUCUCUUUUCAAAUAUUUUAAAUCGUUGAUACAUGUUGAAUUUUUGAUAUAUCGUACAUUCACUCGACUUUAAUGCGUGAAACAUUAAAGCAAAUAAUUAUAGCAAGAUGUUACAAAAUAUAUGAUAAGAAAUUAACUUUGUAAUUCUGUGUUUAAUAAUUACAUAUUAUUUUUCUUUACAAGUUUUGUUAGCAAACUUGUGUGAUGCAUUAUACAUGUGAAUUUGGUCUUAGUUACAAGCUAAGUUCACCCAUAAUUUAUGUGUAUUUCAGGAAUAACAGCCAUAGGGCGUCUUUGCUGCCUACUGCAAUAUUAGAGAAUAAUAUCACAAACAAUUCUCGUUAAAACGACGAUAUGACACACGAGCGAAACUUCAUCAAAACUUUGAUACGUCCUAUACACUUUGUUACCCUUAUUUAAUUGGACCGCGUCGUCCAAUUAAAGAUUCACAAUGAGCCUUAUUACGUACAUUUAUUGAGGCCUUGUUUUAUGAAAUUUUAAUUUUGUCGGAAUUAAUUCGAGCACAAUAGCCACAUUGAUUUUUUCUACUUAAAAUCCACUUUUCUUUUAAUUCUCUACUUUCCAUUAUUCAUUUCUAUAAUUAAUUGUAUCAAAGUAAACUAGAAUGUAAGAAGAAACGCAACAGAUUCCUACGAUAUGUCUACUCGUUUAAAUUUGUAAAAUUUGAGUAAAAGUAGACAUAUCAUAAAUCGAGGAUUCCAUGUUUUUUUUAAUUUCGUUUAAGUUAAUGAGAUACACAUACUACAAGUUAUCAAAUAUUAGGGUUGGGUAAUAACUAGUCAUAAAGUUAAAAGUUGAAUAUGUAAAAUUAAAAACUCUCUUAACUCAGUUAAUUUUAAAUGAGUUCAUUUUUUCAAGUUAUUUUUAAAGUACAUGAAUUAGUUUUGAAACACAUAAAUUUUGACUUAUUAACUUUUAUCUUAAGUUAAAAAUCUAUGUAAAGGAAAAAGUACCUUCUCAUAUAAAAAAAAGACAAUUGAUAUCAGAUAAACAAAUAAAAUAUUAAAUUUAUUUGACGAUCCAUAUUGUAAUUAUUUUGUUUUUUAUAAUACUCUAAAAGAGUAUUUUGUUUUUUAUAGUAAUCUAAAAAGAGUAAUCUAAUUUUAAAGACUGAUAAUAAUUUAAUACAAAUAAUGCUUUUCAUAAAUAACUUUUAAUUUAACUUAAUUUGAUUUUAACGUAACUUUUAAAUUAGUUUUUAAUUUAACUAAGUUAAUUUUAAAUCGUUAUUUACCUUAAUUUAGAUUCAAAAAAAUAUCAAUUUACUCAACCCUGCCAAAUAUAUAAUCAUCACAUUUAAAAGCACACAUUUUGAACACUUUUAUAUUAUUACAUACGUAUAUUUAUAUUGAUCUGCCUGCGCAAUUUUAUUAGCGAAAUUAUGUAUAAUUAUAUGUACUCUUAUUUCUUUGUCAGAGUUACAAAGAAAAUAAAUAAUGUUAUUUUUA